AAUAUUUCAAUAUCUACGCUUCUAUUCUCCAUAAACGUUGUAAGAACAUUUGAUUAAGCGUGGUCUUGAUAUUUUUUAAAAGCUUCACAACAGUUAUCAGAUAUAUUUGUGCUUGUGGAAGUAGCAGCAGUGAUCGCUAUAUCGCUAUAUAUAUGCUCACCAGAGUUAUAACAGGCUUAUUAAACCUAUUAUAUAAAGCACCACACACACACUUUUGGAUUUUGAAUAAUGAAAAAUUUAAAGCCAAGCUUCAAUUGGUCCAGGCGUUAGAUCUGUUCAGAAUAUCCCAAUAGAAUCAUCGACACAUUUUUAAUGUUUCAUUAACAUCUCUCCAACGUUUCAAAGUAACAGAUUUAUGGAAGAACGUCUGAUACUAGUAUAUAUAUAUAUUAAAAUAUAACUAACAUGUAUCGGAUUUGCAGUAUCUUCUUUGUCGUAAUAUUGCUAAGGACUACGAAUAUAGCUACAGAACCCACAGGGGUAUUGUUCCUCAUCUCCAGUCAGGACACCACGUACCAUCGUCCAUUAGCAGCACGUCUACGCGAUGACAUUAUUAACCAAGCCGAAAGCCAAUUCUCCAAUACCGACUACAUCAUCACGGUGCAUAUGUUACAUGAAAUAUUCAAUUUUCCAAGUUAUUGGGCGAUAAAGAAUGCAAUACCCUUGGUGCGUUCCAAGUUACUGGGCGAGCAUGUCAAAUGGGUGGUUUGGUUGGAGGAGAGUACACAUGUCUCACUGCAGCCGCUUUUGGAGCAGUUAGCGCUGGAAGAUGCCACGCGACACAUUUAUUUGGGCCAUGCGCUCUAUGAGGAUCAGGCCAAUAUCAGACAUCAUUUUGCUUUUCAUAAAGAUUCUGAGUGGUUUCCAUUUCCAUUUCAACGCGCAGGCAUUGUCUUUUCAAGAGCUUUGAUCGUCAAAACUGCAGAGGCUAUGGAGUCAGCGCAUCUUUAUAGUUCCCCUUUCAUCAUUGAUAUGGAACACGAACUGGCGCUAUUCAUAUAUAACGAAGUAAAAUCUAAUGAUGUUGAUGUCGAGCGCAGUUCCGAAGGACUCACAGGAGCCGCUACGUCAAAUUCGACGAAGAGAGUAUUGAUGCAUAAGGCGCACUAUAUUUGUGCGCGAUUGGACGAGAAUGCACACGACAAUAUGACCGAAAAGUGUGCAAUGUAUGCCAAGCCAAUGGAUAGGAGCCAUUGCAAUUCGCUGAGAGCGCACAAUAUUUUCUUUGCCGUCAAAACAUGUAAGCGCUUUCACUUCGAACGAAUACCGAUCAUUAAAUCAACCUGGGGUCCAAUAGCUACGCAUAUUCGUUACUACAGCGAUGUUGCUGAUUCGAAAAUUCCCACAAGAACUACCGGUGUGCCCAACACCGAAAUCGGCCACUGUGAUAAGACGCUUACUAUAUUGAAAUUGGCGCUACAAGAGAUUGACGAAUUUAACACAAAUUUGGAAAAUGCAGUGCCUAAGCAAGAUGAACACGCACGCAUUUAUUGGCUCGUUUUGGCCGAUGAUGAUACGUUAUUAAGUAUUCCCAACCUCUGCACAUUGCUCGGCUGUUUCAAUCAUACAAACAAUAUUUAUCUCGGCGAACGUUACGGGUUCCAUCAUAAUAUAAAUAACGGUUUCAAUUACAUAACCAGUGGUGGUGGUGUGGCCAUGAGUUUGCCCGCUGUACGUAAAUUAAUCGGCCAUUGUCACUGCAACCAUCCGCAAGAUGCCGAUGAUAUGUUGCUGGGCAUGUGCUUUACCAAUUUGGAUGUGCCGAUCAUUCAUUCUCAGCAGUUUCAUCAGCUCCGUCCACAGGACUACCCUGUCGAAUUGUUAGCGCUUGAUCCGCCUAUCUCAUUUCAUAAGUUCUACGAUUUGGAUCCAAUCUCUGCAUAUAAGCUUUACUUCGAUAAUGCUGAUCAACAGUUGUUACUAAAUACAAAGGAACUAAGUUAUAAAUAAUAUAUAAUAUUCAUACAUGUAUAAUAAUUAUAGGCAAUGUGGCAGAAACCACUAUUAGAUAGAUUUGAAAAAACAUAUACAAAUAACUUCUUCUGAAAUGACUAAAAUAAA